GAGAGAUGUUGUGAAUGACUGAGACAGCAGAGCGUGAGACUAACAAGUGGUUGCCAUGCAGCAGCAGGAGCAGCAGCAGCAGCAGCCACUGUGUAUGAGUCUAGAGGCAGCGACAGAGGAAAGGAAUGAUAAUGAGUAGGAGGCAGAAAGUAAGAGCAUGAGAAGAGGAGCUGUAUCUCUUAGAGGAGACACGCCAGCCCGGGAUCCUGCCUCGCAUCUUCUUUCUCAUCCUGUUUUUUCUUCUGUUGAGCUAGCUGAGUCAGUGCUAGCGAUGGAUGCAUUCAAGGACACAUGUGUGGGUUCGCCGCGGCAGAUCGUCCCUUCAGAAGGCAGUGGAGCAACAGGUCUGUGAGAAAGCCUUCGUGGAGACGGUAACACCAAGGCUUUUAAAUGCCUGGCCCCAUCAGAUGAGAGAUGAGGCACCUAGAUGUUGGCUCACAAUGUGUAGCGUCCACUACAACCACUCCCUUGCUGCCAUGAGCGGAAACGAGAUGAUGGCGCACUCUCUGACUCUGGAACAGAAGACAGCGUUCGCCCUCGUGGGAAUGCUACUCGUGUUCUUGGGACUGCUGAUAGUUCGCUGUUUCAGGAUCCUGUUGGACCCCUACAGCAGCAUGCCAUCAUCCAACUGGGCCGAUGGCAUCGAGGGGCUGGAGAAGGGGACGUUUGAGUACGCCCUCACCUAACGCAGGGACAUGCUCAUCCCCUCGUAGAAGUCGUCAUUGACACUCACAUAGAACUACUGUACGUCAUCGAUGUGUCCUUACAAGCGAACGCAGGAGGAAGUCCUGUCGACAUUGCACCUUACAUCGUCAGAUGUCUUUCUCUGAUGGACACAAGGCUGUUAAAUGUGUGAGCUUUCUUUUCUGUUUGUAAAUGUACGUUUGUUGUGUGUGUGUUUGGCUUUUUUGCAUCGUGGAAGUGGCCAUAUUCUGUCUUUCUUAUUGUCUAUUUCAAGAUAACACGAUAAACGCUUGAGGCUCCCUUUAACACUGCGGUACGGAUGACUGUACUCAGCGGUGGUCAGAAGGAGACAUUUUGGGGGUUAACAUGAUGCUUUUUGAAGACUCAGGGAAAAGCUUUGUAACGGGCCUAUGAGCUAGGCGGUGGCGAUUCCGGGGGCCCAGUACGUGAUUGGAUCCAGGGUAUUAAAUUGAAUGCGUGCUUUAUGUCGACAAAUCAAAGUCAAUUUCGUGACAUUUAAGGGUUGCUGUUUCGAAUUGUCUCGGCCCGUUUGAAUGAACUAAAACUGUGAUUUACAUGAAGGUGUUACUCUUUAUAAUUGAUGCAAAAACAACUUGGAGCCGCUGCUGUUUUUGGAUGGACGGAUGAAGCCUGUGGCCAAAAAUCAUUUUUCGGAAUGAGUUAACCAUUGCCAAGGAAGACCUAAGACAACGUUGAUAGAUGGACAACACAUUUUCCUGUCACUGACUCUUAUGAGAAAAUGGAUUUUAUAAUAAAGGGAAAGAAUCUGCUUCUCAAAGUGCUGCUAGUUUUUGUUAGGAAAAGAGAUACUACCUGUCUGCAGAGGAAACGCUCGACACUGACUUGGGAUUUCUCUCAAUACUUCAAGUGAAAGAACUACUCAUCUUUAUCUCAACUUUCCUCAGUCAUCCACACCGGCUCCCUUAAUUCCUGAUACUGGAAGAGAGGACAGUUCUCGACAGUGAAAGAGUCUGGACUGAAAUCUUGAAUGUCUCUUUGCUAUAUCUGAAUUCUCCCUUAGUGCUGUGAAUCUGCCUUACUGUGACCUUCUAUGGGUUUAUGUGCCUUCAUCUAGAGAUAUUAGAGCACUUGUUCCUGUGUGUGUCUUUUUGGCAUUUCAUGAUGAUGACAGAUUGUUUGUCUAUGGAUGUUUUGUUUGC